AAAAAUCUAGGGUUUUUCAUUCCAAAUGUUCUGGUGUCGAACAAAAUUUAAAUCAAACAAAAGUGUACAAAAAUCGUUAAAUAUCGUCGUUGAUCGAUGAAAACAUCACAAAAACAUGUUCAAGUUCGGUUUUUCAAACGAAAAUGUUGAAAAUGAGACAAGUGAUGAAUCGCAAUCGGAGUGCGUAAACUGGCUUGAGAGCAGAGAAAUUAAACCGGAAGACGUAAUUUUGCGAAACCAUGACCACCCGAACGUGAUACAUUGCGAUAACUAUGAUAUCAAGUAUAUUUCUGAUAAGGAUAUUGUUGACACUUUGAGACAUGAUGGCCCCAAAAAUGACAAUUCUGUGUUAAACGCCGAACAAAACCAUUCCGAUUUAAUCCCGGCGGUGUAUGAGGGAGGGCUGAAAAUUUGGGAGUGCACUUUUGAUCUGUUGGAAUUUAUUAAAAAUUUAGACCUGAAUGAAAAACGAGUGCUUGAUUUGGGGUGUGGCGGUGGGGUUGUUGGAAUAUAUGCAAGUUUGAAGGGGGCAACGACGGUUUUCCAAGACUAUAACAAAGAAGUGAUUAAAUCUGCCACUAUUCCUAAUGUUUUUUUGAACAAUAUAGCGUCAAACAAGUGCAGAUUUUACUAUGGCGACUGGAACUCAUUUUUAGAUUUACAAAAACAAACUGAAAACAAGUUUGAUUUUAUUUUCACCUCAGAGACUAUAUACAACGUAAAUAAUUAUAAAAAAAUAUUGACUAUAUUUCGUGACUUACUACAUAAAAAUGGAGAAAUUUUUCUAGCCGCUAAAUCUCACUACUUUGGAGUAGGGGGAGGUAUUGUCCAGUUUGAAGACGCGCUAAAAAAGGAAGACGUUUUUAAUCACACAACCCAUUGGGUAUGUUCAGAUGGACUUAAACGAGCUAUAAUUAAAAUUAGUCUAAAGUAG